UCAUUACUUCACGCGCAUUGGCUAGCAGAGGGGCGCACUCUGAACAAGGUAAACAGCACAAGCGCGUUCUGUCCCGCGCCAGUGUCAUACCAGCAGGGUCGGCGGAGCAUUCGCAAGCACGGACUAAUGCCAGAAGGACAUAUCGGAACAUGCGGCUUGAAAAUUUGAUAGUUUGUGCUCUCUCAUUCCUGUUUGGCCCCUGUGUGUGUGUGGCCUACGUGUUUCAAGCUGCACAGCCCACAGGAGAAAAGGAUGAUGGUCCCCAGCACCCUAAAAUAUCUGAAUGGGUGAGCUCUGCUGGCUCGUGUAAGGGCCGCUGCUUUGAGUUGGUGGAAGCAGAGCCUCCAGGCUGCAGGUGUGAUAAUCUAUGUAAAACUUACUAUAGCUGCUGUGUAGACUUUGAUGAGCAGUGUCUCAAAACUGCUGGAGGUUUUGAAUGCAGUAAAGAUCGAUGUGGUGAGAUCCGGAAGGAAGAGCACGCAUGUCAUUGUUCAGAGGACUGUCUGGAGAAAGGUGACUGCUGCAGCAACUACAAGUCUCUCUGCAAUGGUGAGACUGCGUGGGUGGAUGAAGACUGUGAAGAGAUUCAAAACCCAGAAUGCCCUGAAAGUUUCGUCCGCCCUCCACUUAUUAUCUUGUCUCUGGAUGGAUUCCGUGCUUCCUACCUGAAGAAAGGAAAAUCUGUGAUCCCCAACAUCCACAAACUCAGAACAUGUGGAACUCAUGCUCCUCACAUGAGACCAGUGUAUCCCUCUAAAACCUUCCCCAACCUCUACACACUAGCCACGGGGCUUUAUCCGGAGUCUCAUGGCAUUGUGUGUAACACGAUGUAUGACCCAGUGUUCAAUGCAACCUUUAACCUGCGUGGGAGAGAGAAACUCAAACACCGCUGGUGGGGCGGGCAACCUAUCUGGAUCACAGCAGAGAAGCAGGGGGUGAAGGCUGGAACAUUCUUCUGGCCUUGGGUGAUUCCACUGGAGAGGCGAAUUUUGACCAUACUGAGAUGGCUCCACCUGCCUGAUGAUGAAAGGCCACAUGUGUGUGCAGUGCACUCUGAGCAGCCUGAUACCUUUGGGCACAGACUAGGACCUCUUAGUAAUGAGUUGGAUAACCCCCUGAGGGAAAUCGAUAACAUCAUAGGUCAGCUGAUGAAUGGAUUGAAACAAAUGAACCUGCAUCGCUGUGUAAACAUCAUCUUAGUGGGCGAUCACGGAAUGGAGGAGGCCCAUUGUGACCGGACUGAGUAUCUGAGCUCAUAUGGGCUCGAAACUGAUAACUUUGCUCUCAUCCAGGGUACUUCUGGUAGACUAAGACCAAAAAACAUCAGCACACUAUAUGACCCAAAAGAGAUGGUAGCUAAUUUAACAUGUAAGAUGCCCAAUCAGCACUUUAAAGCAUACCUGAAACAAGAUCUGCCCAAGCGUCUGCACUAUGCCAACAACCGCAGGAUAGAGGACGUUCACCUACUCAUGGAAAGGAAGUGGCUCAUAUCAAUGGGUCCUCCUGAGAACCGAUUACCAGGCAGUUGUUGGUACUUUGGCGAUCAUGGAUUUGACAACAAAAUAAGCAGCAUGCAGACAAUCUUUUUGGGCUAUGGACCAAGCUUCAAGUUCAGGACACAAGUUCCUCCUUUUGAAAAUAUUGAGCUUUAUAAUUUAAUGUGUGACCUCCUGGGGCUGACUCCCGCACCUAACAAUGGAACUCACGGUAGCCUGAACAGCAUGCUGAAGAACCCGUCUUACACACCAGUGCAGCCAACGAAAGUGACUCCACCCAAACCUGCAGAAAGUUCCACCUCUUCUACCGCCUUCUACAACCUGGGCUGUAGCUGUGAUGAUGAGAAUAAAGUCGAGGAGACCAGUCAGGUGUUCUCUCUAGAAGACGUCAGCUUGUUAAACAAUGACACCCACUUGCCGUUUGGAAGCCCUGCUGUCCUGUUCCAGACUUCCUACGUGCUCCUGCAGCAUGUCGACUACAUUAGCGGCUACAGCUUGGAGCUCCGCAUUGCCCUGUGGUCUGCCUUCACCAUUACGACACAGGCGGAUAGAACCCCAUUCCCAUACUCAGGUUCAGACUGUUUGAGAGCUGAUAUUCGUGUUGCUCCCGAACACACACAAACCUGUGACUCUGACAACCAGGAUACUGAGAUCCUCCGAGCAUUCCUUUACCCACCUGAUAAGUCUUCUACUCCUGAAUCCAGAUAUGAUGCCUCCCUGAUCACAAACACAGUACCCAUGUAUCGUGCCUUUAAGAGGAUUUGGAGUUACCUGCAGGAGGCAGUAUUGACUCACUAUAGUGCAGAGAGGACUGCCAUUAAUGUCAUUACUGGGCCCAUAUUUGACUAUGAUUUUGAUGGACUAAGAGACACGGUUGAAAAGAUCAGACAGCAUGCCGGCGAAUCUGCCCCAGUCCCCACUCAUUACUAUUUGAUAAUUACAAGCUGCGAGGGAGAGAAUACAACGGUGGAGGAGUGUAAUGGAUCACUCUCUGCUAUUACCUUCGUCCUGCCAAACCGCCCUGAUAACUCAGAGAGCUGCAAUAGCGUGGAGAAUCGGUCUGGCUGGGUGGAGGAAGUCCUGCAUACACACACAGCCCGUGUGCGUGAUGUGGAACUCCUCACUGGGCUGGAUUUCUACCGCACCAUGCACCUGCCCUACACACAUGUCCUUAUGCUCAAAACGUACAUGCACACAUUCGAGGAGAAUGCCUAACCUCACAGAGGUGUAGCAAGAAGCCAAUUGCCACAUGGCAACCAACCUCGUCCAAAAUCAGUGCUCUCUCUUUCUACCCUGGUCAACUUUUGCUUAGGUGUAUAUUUUUUUUACGGUUUGUCAUAUUUAUUAUUCACUUAAAACAAAAUAAUACCACAUUAAAAAUAGCUAAACUUUACAACACCACAGGCUUUCUAUGUUUGUAACUGAAAAACUAGACUCAGUAUUUCUGAGUGAGAAUAUUGUCUUUCUGUGUGCUUGUGUGUAUAUGUGUGCUUGUGGGUAGACAUGCGUUUGUGAGUCCAGAUGUUGUAACGUUUUUGUGUUAGAAGGUUUUUGCUAGAAUAUACAUUUGCCAUUGUGUGGGCACACGUCAUACUAUGUGAAAAUGCUCGAACAGUAUGAAUGGCAGGUGGGAUUUUGUGUUUGUGUGUGUAGCUUCAUUCUCCCAUUUCACGGUGAUAAUAAUGUGACAGCACAAUAACAUAUUUUAAUCCGGACUGCAAUCCCACCCCUAGACUCCUGUAUGUCAGAUUAAUGAUUCUGAACCUGUGAGUGGGGAGAAUAUCCUGACUUGUAGUGAAUAAGUGACCUGUAUCUGCAUGUGAUUAACUCAUUAAAACCUAGUAAAGUCUAAAUAGUAAUAAAUCCAUGUACUGCAUUUGGGAGACUGUACAGGUGUUCAUUAUUUAAUAACUCCUCAUAAAUAUAUCAACUGUUUAGAAAUGAUCAUAUCACAGAUAUUAGGUCUGUGUAGAAGAAGUGUGCUUUAUAGAAAUACUAGUAUUCCAAAUGGUAGCCUUAAUUCCCAAGUGCUGUGAACAGAAUAUGAGAAAUUUAUGUAUUUAUGUAUUUCUGCAUGUAUUUCUGCAACAUGUCGAUUACAGUGAUGUGAUUCUAUAAUUUCUAUCAAUUAAGUAAUAUUUUUAAAUGAAUUCAGUUUAUUUUUAAAUGAACACAAUUUGUCCCUUCAACAACUUGGAUCCGAGCAUAUAAUAAAUGAUCAUCAAAACUGUCAGAAAUCAGAAGCACAGCAAUGUGCAAAGCCACCAUGUAUGCUCUGUGAAGAGGGGACUCCUUGGAGACCGGCAGAGUCAUAGGGAAUUUCCAUGGCACCAGCAGCUGUGCAAAUGAGAAAAAGCACACAUUAGAAAGGGCUAAUGUAAGCAUAAUUGUGAAACUUCUCCAUUUGUUUUUUUCAUCGUGUGGGUAUAUGCAUGGAGCACAUGAAGUGCACGGAAAGCCCACAAUGCACAAAAAAAUAAAAAUUAUUACCAAGCUG